UGCUGCUGUUAAUUCUUCUUUUUCUUCUUCUUCUUCUUCUUCUUCUUCUUCCAGACCCUCUCUCCUCUCUCUCUCUCUCCGUCAGUGUUUACUUGGCUCGAGGUGCGAGCAGGUGUAGUAAGUAGUAGUGGGACGGAUUGGUUCGAAUCCUUACAACUCGUUUUUUUAGUCUCGUUUCGUUAACAGUGAUUUGAUUUUACUCUGCGGUGGUGGCGACAGUGCGGUUUUGUGUUUAGCGGAAACUAGACUGAAAUCUAAAACUUGGAUAAUUAUAUUCCUAUUGGCUUCUUUUGAUCCGUGGACAUGUAACAAAGGCCCUCUGCGUGAUGGUAGUCGUGUCUCCAACAGCCGCUGCCCUCGGCGGCAGGGGCGCCGAAGGAGAAUCCCUUCGACUCGCGUCUGCCAAGGGCGACAUCGCCAAGGUCCAGGCUCUCCUGAGGGAGGGGGUCACUGUCAACCACACUGAUGAGUACGGCUACACGGCACUCCAGCGAGCGGCUUCCGAAGGCCAUCUGGAGAUCGUGCGUUUGCUGAUCAAGCAAAAAUCGAACGUCGACCACCAGGACGAUCAGCACGGGAACACAGCGCUGCACGAAGCUGCUUGGAAGGGCUACAGCCAGACAGCGGAAGCCCUCGUUCGCGCCAAAGCCAACGUGUAUAUCAAGAACAAAGGGGGAUUUGCCCCCCUUCACUUGGCUUGCCAGAACAGCCAUAACCAAACCAGUCGAAUAUUGCUGCUAGCUGGGUGUAAACCCGACAUUAAGAACAACUAUGGCGACACGCCCCUGCACACGGCUGCCCGCUACGGCCACGCGGGCGUCUCCCGUAUUCUUAUUUCUGGCAAAGCCAGCGUCAACGAGGUAAACAAGAACAACGACACUGCUUUGCACAUUGCAGUAGCGAUGAACCGGAAGAAAUUGACCAAAAUCCUGCUGGAGUCUUCGGCGAACCAGAAGAUUAGGAAUAAGCAAAACGAGACCCCGGUGGACAUAGCUCUUCGGAAGGGUUUCGACCAGAUCGCGGAGACCUUGAGGAAUCCUCCGCCGGUGGUGUCCCACGAGGAGAGAGUCCGGCAGGAGCAGGAGCAGAAGAAGAAGGAGAUCAAGGAAGUCACUUUCAAGGACUUCGUCGACGAAGGGAAGGCGGACAAGAAGGGAGACAAGAAGAGAGAGAAGGCCAACGGGAGCGGGUCUUCCAGCAAAGAGAGCAGCACGAAAGCCAAAGAUAAGAAAAAGGUAAAUGCUGCUAAACACGACUCCCAAGAGAAGCCUCGAGGACGUCACGUUUCUUGGUCUCCCUACGGCUGUCAGUAUUUCCCCCCGGCCACUACCCAGGAACUGGCUGCCCCAAAUCUGGACUCCCUUCCCAGAGACCCGCUUGGUGCUGGCGAACAAUACUACAUCGAUCUCGCUGGGAAUAUCAGGAAGGGUCCUUUGGGCGUGGGCAACUCUUGCCUUUGCACGCCAUUUGUCAAAGACGUCGAGAAUAAACUAGAGAAGGACAGAUUCGCCCUCCUCGAUCGCAUUGAAGCAGCAAAUUUAAAGCUUGACGCCAAGAUCAGUGAGCUGGAACGCCUGACGAAGGCGCAAGUCCACCAUGCUACCAAAGUGAAAGAAGGAAGAAGUAGCGCGGAAGUGUCGUCAUCCAGCCAAACUGGAGAAUCCAUGAACCACCGAGCCGAACAGCUCAGGCAGUGGGCCGAACAUCAACUAGCUAUAAGUUCCUCUUUCCUCUACACACAAAUUCCAAAAGGUUACGCCAUCCCGGGACCCUCUAGGAGGUCUAGAGAUCAGGGAUCUGGAAUUGUGCCCAUAACUAGAUCUUGGUCAGAAGAGGCGGUCUCAGAGUACAAGGAAGACUGUGAAAGUGGCCGUUUCUCCUCGUACAAAGGGCUAAAGGUUCUGGAUCACCCUACCUCCAUGUAUAACAUAACUCAGAGUCGUCAUGAUGACGACGACGUCCUGUCAGAGUACCGAAAACCAAUAGCUUCACUUGUACCUGGCAGCUGGAGAUGUGCCUCUCCUGACGGUUGUCAGUCACGAAUCACUGAAGAUGGCUGGAGGUUGACGCCCAUGUCCAAACGGCGCGAGAGCCGUAGAAAUUCAAUCGAUUCUAGCGAGCUGUUGGAUGAUCCCUACGGACCAUUCAAAUUCAGGAGUGAAAUGAAAUUGUUGGCCGUUUUCCCCCCUACACCAGAUCUAGUCAAGGAGUCUACAGACAGCGGAGCUUCAAGUGAGCGCGACACGAGAAAAAUCGACAGCAGAGCAAGAAGCAGCUCACUGUCACACAGUCCCAGAAUUAUAGAGAGUCAACAUACUUCUCCAGUGAGUCACGGCUCCCACCCCUCGAAAAUGGGCCCAAGAACGAAUGGUAAUAUGAGAUUGUUCCCCCACGAAAUUAGAAAGGAGAGUGACAGGCCGAGGGUUGAAAGUGGAGCCAUCCCAAAGUCAAAUGUACCAUACAAUAUGACAAACUUAGAUGACUUUGGUGGGGGGAAGCGUAAACUUCAUCAAGGUCAUAGUUACUACAAUCAGCAUCCCCUUCAACGGAGCAAUGCUACAGUCCAUGGUAGUCAAACUACAUUAGUUUCAGAGUACAAUUAUAACAGAAUGAACUUCAAAAUGCAUCAGAGAUACAACCCUCCGAUCGAUAAAGGCCAGGCGGAGGGUAUAUACGAGUCGUAUUCAAGACCACCUCAAGGGAAGCCUGAAAUGGAGACUGAACUGGAUUUAGACAGGAAAAAGAUGCAGCAAGUUGCGCAACGUUUGUACGACGGUUACUUCGCCAGGGGUCACCUGGAACCAGUCAGACGUCCUGGAAGACCUCCAGUUAGUCCGUUCAAGGAACGUGACUCUCAGAACGACUCGGGAUACUCGGCUAGGCUCUCCUCAUCGUCGUCACAGGAACCUUCACCAACUUUCUCAGGUUGAACUUGUUAGAAUGGCUGCCAAAAGCGGUUAAGAAUCAACCGCUCAGAGACGGAGAGGAGGUUCCUUCACCUGACUGGUGAUCGAUCAGUCUUCAGGGUCGGAUUUACAGAGGCCGUCGUCAUCUUGCUAAGAAUCUCUCACCAUAAGCGGAGCGUUCUAGAAUGAAAGAAAAGCUUGGCUGAAAGUCAAAAGGCCAGCCGGUAACUCCAGUCUGUCGUGUGGACAUUCUAGGCUUGAUUUGGAUUUUCGGCUUGAGGUUGUGAUGAAAUCCAUCUCCUGAAGCGAAGACGUUAUUAUUAUAUUAAAUAUUUUUUCAUUAAUAAUGUGUUUU